AUGGCCACGCUAUCGGCGGUCUCGGACUUCCGGUCGCUGAGCAGACAGCCACCGACAGAUCCCGACAUCCAAACCACCCUCUCCGACUUCCUCACCUACACCGAGCACUUCCCCUCCCACCUGACACGUGCCCUCACGCUCAUCGAGAAGCAACGCCUGCGCUCUGAGGUCAAGAUCAAGGCAAUACACGAUGCCGCCACACUCUACAGCACGCGACCCACCCUCGCCGACAAGCCCGAUCCGGUCAAGCUCCGCCGCGACAUCAGCUAUGCGUUGGAAGAGGCGGAACGAGCCAGUCGGAUGGCGCUGGAGGAGGCGACGCGAUUGAACGAGACGAGCCAUAGGGAGGCGAGACGUCUGGCUUCGGUGACGGAGAAGCUAAAAGCGCAACCCCUGCCACCUUCACGUGAUCCCACACCAGAAAGGCAACCACUCACCUCACCGAACCUGAAGCGCGAGAGGAGGAUGAGUAUGAGAGCGGAUGAUGUGAAGCUGGACAAGGCGGGAAGGCAUCACCUGACCGACAAGGCUGCUACGAAGUUACGAGGACGGAGGAUUAUGGUGCCGGGUGAAGUGCUACCUCCACCCGAUCCGAAUGCACCACUGGAGAGCAUCUCUGACUGGACAUCCCCUCGCGUCUCGCCUCCCUUGGAAGAACCGCCGUUGACGGAGAAAGCUACUCCACGACCCCGCUCACGAACACCAAAGGUACCGAAGACGGAGAGACCACUCAAGCCGAGGGGGCCACGUGCACCGGGACAGCCUGGCACGAAUGCUCACUCUGCUGUGGCUGGUAUCAGUACGUCAAACGCACUACUAGCUCUAACUGCACCACCAGACGACGCACCAAAGGGAAGUCGAUGGUUACCAUGGAUGAAGCUGACCGAGUGGGAAAUGGCCAAGCUGCGAAAGCGGAUGAAGAAGAAUGCCAUCUGGGUACCCUCGCAGACGAUGGUGAGGAGGGAGUUGAAGAAUCUGGGGAGAGGGACGAGCGGGAAAGAGUCGGCGAAGCAGGCUGCAGAAGAUACAGGCGAUCGCUUCCAAGACGAGCAGAUGGAUAAUGAUCCCACCAAAGUCAUUGUCACGGGCGAGGAGAAUGCUCAGAUGAACGCUAUGCUUGGUCCGCAGAUGUAUGCUGAUGAUGAGGAUGCCGAUGCUGAACUGAUCAAUCGUGGUAUGAGGCUGAAUGAGGCGAAGAAGUUGAAGCGGCAGAGGAUGUUGGAGGAGCAGGCAUUACAGGCACAGAUUGCACGUGAAACAGGGGUGGAGAAUGUAGUUGAUCCGCAGCUCGCUACAGAUGGCAAGAAGCGGAAACGUGAUGCUACGCCCGUCACGAAUGGUAUGGCUAUGCAGGAAACCCCAGAUCCGCUCUCCAAGGCCGGGCCAGCCCCGAAGAAACUGAAACUCAACCCACCAGCCGCUGCACCCGGCACAAAAGUCCCUCUCGCACCCGCCGGUACUUCUUCCUCCCCCAGGACAACCGCAAACCGAAGCCGCCGCGCCGCCACCCCGUCCGAACUACACAAACCCACCCUCGUCCUGAAAGCAAACAAAGCAGUAUCAGAAGAACCACCCACCAGACGUGCAAGUCUGAGACGCGGAAGCAAUGCCAGUCUACCGAAUGGUAGUCUCCUGACCUCUCCGCUCCGAACCAGCACGACAAAUAGCGCCAGCACUUCUUCCACGAAACCUGCAGCAACAGCGCUUGCGGGGACGAGGAGAUCCAAGCGGCCCGCCCCUGGUAUCCUGACCCAGACGGACGAGGGCGACGCCAAAGUCGGCGUGAGCAAACGCAAAGCCGCCCCCAAAAAAUCCAGCUCCAACAGACCCCCCACCAUCACCACUACCACCACCACCAUUGCACCCCAACAACACUCCCACCCACCACCCCAAACCACCCCCAUCCUCGGCCCCUCCUUCGACCCCGACGACCCCCCCAUCGACCCCAACGAACCAAAAUACUGCCUCUGCGACCAAGAGGACGAAGUGGUUUUGUCCGGAGUGUAG